AUGGCUUCUUUGCAGCUUGCCUUCCAGGACAAGGAUGAUCCAAACAGCGAUGUUGCGGAUCAUGUUCAUACCGCUGAAGUCGCUUCUUCUGACAAUGAGAGUCAGCAAGCUGGAGACACCUCUUCUGACAACGAGAGCCAGCAAACCGGAGACACUUCCGCUGACAAUGAGAGUCAGCACGCUGAAGACUUGAACAGCACCGACGAUGACAGCGACAGCGACGAGGAUAGUGACAGCGACGAGGAUAGCGACAGCGCUAAGGAUGUUUCUUCAGGCGACUUGGCCCAGUGGCUUGAGAGCCUCAACGACACUCCUGCUUAUGUUCCCCCGGUCCCCCGUCUUCCCGUUGGCACGGAUGCCCAGAACUUGCCUUUUCGGGUGUCUACCGCGGGUCCUCCGCCUUUGUCAUCCAAAGUCCAGGAGGGUAAGAUUGGUCACAAAUACGACAUCUGGCAGAACGAAUGGUUCACUGGGUGGAAGAUGGAGCCCGAUAUCGACAUCAUCCGUAACAUGAUCAAGCCUUACGCUCUCUUCUGUGGCCUUCCAAACGACGAUAUCAGGGUUGAAUUCCUUGCAGCGGGCUCGUUCAACAAAGUCUACACCGUCCAGGCCACCAACGCUGUGACUGGCGCCACUAGCGAGUGCAUCUUCCGCUGCGCCAUGCCCGACUUCCCGUGGUACCGCAUGCAGACUGAAGUCUCCACCAUCGAGCUUGUUCGCCACCAUACCACCAUCCCUGUUCCCAAGAUCUAUGCGUUCGACUCAUCCAUGGACAAUGCGCUUAGACUCGAGUGGAUGCUGAUGGAAAAGAUUCAAGGCCAGACUUACCGUGCUGCCGAGAAGAGUGAGGCUAUGAGCUCCGAAUUGAAAGUCAGGGUGUAUGAAACGGUUGCCGACUGGGUCGACCAACUCUCUCGCAUCACUUUUGACAAGAUGGGCUCCAUCUAUCAUGACUGGGACAAGCCACUAUCGGACAUUUCCUCAUACAAGGUCGGCCCUAUGAACCAUGACGACUUCGUUUACGACCUGCGCCUUGAUCUUCCUGUUACCCGUGGCCCUUUCUCCAGUAUGCGCGAUUACCAUCGUGCUCGUCUUGACUUCAAUCUCGCUGAGGUUCUCGACCCUCGCAUCAAAGAACGGGCCAAAUACUGGACUAAUUACAACAUAUGGGACGACGCUUUCGUCAACGUCAACAAGAUCCACUACGAAAACCCUUCAAAAAUACGUAGGCGCGCGGAGGAAGAGAAGUAUGAGCGCGAGGCGAAGCUGAAGUACAUGGGCGGGGCGGUAAGACCCAAGCCGUCCAUCCCUACCGACGACGGUGGCCGCUUCUCUGAGGCUGACCGCUUGUACCCGCGAAACGGCUUUAUUGAGGAGCGCUCCCAGCCCUACUACAAUCUGCCAGCCGUCGAGGCCAUGCCGAACUACUGCUUUCGUCUGCAGAACGUCCUCCCUCUCCUCUUCAACGACCCGCCGUUUGCGCCGCAGUCCUGCGCCCUCCACAACCCCGACAUACACUCGAGCAACAUCUUCGUGGAUACCGCGUCCGGAACCGCCAUCGCCCUCAUCGACUGGGAGAAGUGCUUCGCAGCGCCCAUGCGCACCAUCGCCCGCUACCCUAAUCUCGUCGACGCCAUUACCGACCUCAAGAAGCCUUCGCCGUGGACGUCGGAAAGUUCCAAGAACUUUAUGCGCGUUGAAAAGGAGCGAAUAUAUGAGAGAAACUUGGAGGAUCUGCAUCUGCGCCCGGUAUUCGACCGCCGUCUCGAGCAGCUGGCUUCUCCAUUCCUGGAGCCGCGCGAUAAGCGUGAUGAGGGCUCGCCUGAGGAGUUUCUCGACAAGCGUAUCUAUGACAUGGCCAGAUUGUGUAUCAAGAAGGACUAA